GGGGUAAAUAACCGGUGAUUAUGGUAGAAUCAAUACUUUCUGUCUGUUGGAACUGGAAAGGCCCUUUGUCUGGGAGGUUGAUGGAUUAUUAGUGGUUGAGUAAACUUUAUUCUCUGACUUUUGUAGUUUUGUUUAUCCUCUUUUCUAUAAAUGCUAGCCGAGGUUUGUUCAUUGCGUUCAGCCAAAAUGAACGUUAGCUACAGCCAAGAAUCGGAAUCCGCUGUCUCAAUUCGUUUAGUUGUACCCUUUCUUCAACAAGAAUUUUCAGCUCAGCUUUUGUAUAUCUGAGAACAUGUGUACAGAUUUUUAGUGAUGGAUCUGUCCGAACAUUGUGACGUAUAUCUGUUGCAUUACUAAUUCCUUGGUGGCGUCAUCUCAAAGGAUUUCUCCUCGAUCUAUUUCUUCUGAAGCUUCCAAAAGGAAUCCAUGAUGUAUCUUCUUCUAACAUAGCAACUAGAGCACUAAGAGACGAGUCUCUAAGGUUUUUGAUGCCAGAAGCUUGCUUUGUCAGGGCGAUGGAGGCCUUUGCAUGUUCUAAUCUCAUUGCAAGCAAAAACUCAGGAAAUGUUCAGUCAAAAUGCCCAGAUUAAGGACUUAGAAUCUGCACAAAGAGAGCUCCAUUUGGUGAAAGAAGACCUGGCUGACACUCCUUCGGUUGUGGAAAGAAUGAAGAACCAGCUCCUAGACUGCAAGAAAUUGGAAGCUCAGGCCCAUGAACUCGUCAGUGAGACUCUGAUGCAACUGGAGACGGCUAAAAAGACGGUGGAGACACUCAGGUCAGGGGGAUGUAAAGCAACGGAAACUUAUGAUGCCAUAGCUUUCGAGCUGGAACAGUCCAGGGCUCGUGUUAAGUUUCUAGAAGAGCUUGUAUGCAAACUCAAGGCCGACAUUGACAGCGCUGGCUGCAAAGAGUUUGAAGAAAAGGCUGGUGAAUCGACAGAAACGGAUUUUACGUCUGUUAAACUUGAAGUUGAACAAUUGAGGUCUGCUUUAGAAGUUGCCGAGAUAAGAAGCAAUGAAGAACAAGCUCGAAGCGCAGAGCAGUUGAAAAAUGCUUUUGAAACUGUGGAAUGGAUAAAGUCUGCGUCGGGUCAGCGAGAGGCGGAGCUGGAGGCAGAGCUACGAAAAUCUAGAUAUGAAAUCGAGGAGUUGAAGGCGAACCUGAAGGAUAAAGAAACUGAAUUACAAAGUAUUCUUGAGGAGAACGACGACCUUAUACUGCGGCUAGAAAGCACGUUAUCAGGACGGAGAGAGCGUAAACUAGAGAAAGAGUUGCGGAGAUCAUGGGGGGAGAUUCAAAUUCUGAAAGCCCGUUUCAUGGACAGGGAGACAGAGUGGCGUAACGCAUCAGAUGAAAACGAAAAACUUAAGUUGGAGAUCAAACAAAUAAGUGAGAGACUUGUGUCUGAUUUAGAGGUGGCAAGAGCUGCCGAGAGGGAGGCUCUCAUGAAGGUGGGCUUCAUGGCUGAGGAAGUCGACAAGAGUAACAAGAAGACGGCACGAGUAAGUGAACAGUUGGAGGCAGCACAAGCGGCAAAUGCAGAGAUGGAGGCCGAGUUAAGGAGGCUAAAGGUGCAGUCGGAUCAGUGUAGGAAGGCUGCCGAGGCAGCUGCUUCUAUGCUUUUGGCAGGAAGUAACGGGCAGCUCGUGGAGAGAACUGGAUCGAUGGACAGAAUCUAUGGCCCUUGGACGAGGAGGGUAAGUUCGGCUUAUGUAGACGAGCUGGACGACGAUCUACUGAAGAAGAAGAAUGCUAACAUGCUGAGUAGGUUUGGGGUCUUGUGGAAGAAACAGCAGAAAUAGGAGAGAAGUUUGCUGGUUAUGUAUGAUCUUUGGGCAGGCAACAUUUGUGCUUCUUCAUUCUUAACUAGGUUCUUACAAAUCAUUCAUUCUGUGGAAGAUAUCUGCACUCUUUUGUGUUUUGUAAUAGUAAUGAAGAAUCUGAAAUUGGAACUAUGCCAUACAGUUUACUCAUGAUCA